AUGGCAAGAACAAAAAGACUAAUAGCCGAAGAAAAUAAUGAGAUCGAAGAAACAAACCAAACCAAAAGGGUUCAAAAGGAAGUCAUAAAAGAGGGAGUCAUGGAAGAGGGAAUCGUGGAAGAGGGAGUAGUGGAAGGGGGAUCUUGUGGGAACGAACAACAAGUUAGAGACCAGGAAAUGACUACCGAACCUUUUACGCCAAAUACUGAACUCCGUGUUAGAGAUCGAGAAAUGACUACCGAACCUUCUAUGCCAAAUGCUGAACUCAAUGACUCUGAUUCAAAUUAUGCAAAUGAAAUUGAAUCAGAUGCCGGUAAAGAAAAGUCUUUUGACAAAGAUCCCGACACCGACACAUCGACCAUGGAAUCACCCGGUAAAGGUAGCCAUCAAUUGCAAAGUAAAGUAACGGUUUCAGAUUUGCUUCAAAUGUCUGAUAGUGAUAUUAGUGACGAUGGCUAUUAUCAAAGAGAUAAUGAAAAACGAACAAAGGCUACGAAACGACAAAGAAAUGAUGACAAUGAAAAUGAUAAGAUUGUUGAGUCAUCUAAAAAAAGAAAUGUUCUAGAAAGGCCGGAUAUAUUAACAACGGCGAUUCAAAUGCGCAAUGCCAUGCAAACUUCUUUAGACUUAUCCACCGCUGCGGUCCUACAGACUGAAUUAAUGGUAGCAUCAAAAAAUAUUGCUAACAAAGUUCCUAUUGAAAACCUGAUUACAAAAAUAUUUAACUACGAACUCUAUAGUAAUGAGGCCGUGGAAAUUAUUUGUUAUUCGAAGCGAGUGUUAACAGACUUUCGCAGUAAAUUAAAUAAAGGAAUAGCCUCAUUAGUAAAUGAAUUUAAAGAUCGAUGA